AUGGCGGAGGCAAGUAUAUUAGUGUGCCAGGACCAGUUCGGCUGUUUGAUCUGUUUGGAUCUACUGAAGGAUCCGGUGACUAUUCCCUGUGGACACAGUUACUGUAUGGGCUGUAUUAAGGGCUGCUGGGAUCAGGAUGAUCAUACUGGUGUCUACAGUUGUCCCCAGUGCAGACAGACCUUCACCCCAAGGCCUGUUCUGGGCAGAAACACCAUGCUGGCUAACGUGGUGGAGAAACUGAAGACAGGAUUCCAAGCUGCUCCUCCUGCUCACUGUUACGCUGGACCUGCAGACGUGGCAUGUGAUGUCUGCACUGGGAGAAAAUGCAAAGCCAUCAAGUGCUGCCUGGUGUGUCUGGCCUCUUACUGCGAAAAUCACAUUCAGCCUCACUACGAAUUUCCUGCCUUUAAGAAGCACAAAUUGAUCAAAGCCAGCAGACAGCUGGAGGAGAUGAUCUGCUCUCAUCAUGACAAACUGCUGGAGGUUUACUGUCGUUCUGAUCAGCAGUGUAUCUGUCUGUUGUGUUCGAUGGAUGAACACAGAGGCCAUGAUACAGUCUCAGCUGCAGCAGAAAGGACUGAGAAACAGAAAGUGGUUGGGGAGACACAGAGGAAAUUCCAGCAGAGAAUCCAGGAGAGAGAGAAGGAGCUGAAGGAUCUGAGACAGGCUGUGGAGUCACUCACGCGCUCUGCACAGGCAGCAGUGGAGGACAGUGAGAGGAUCUUUACUGAGCUGAUCCGCUCUAUUGAAAGGAGGCCCUCUGAGGUAAAAAAGAUUAUCAGAGAUCAGGAAAAGGCUGCAGUGAGUAAGGCUGAAAGACUCCUGGAGCAACUGGAGCAGGAGAUCACUGAGCUGAAGAGGAGAGAUGCUGAGCUGGAGCAGUUUUCACACACAGAAGAUCACAUCCACUUCCUCCAGAGUUGUCAGCCAUUUUGUGCCCCUCUCUCUGUGCCACCUGGAGACCUCCCCAGCAUCACUGUGGAUCCACAGUCCUCUUUUGAGUUUGUGAAGGCAUCUGUCUCAGAACUGAGAGUGAAGCUGGAAGGACUUUUCAAAGAAGAGCUGAAAAAGACAUCUAAAAAAGGUUGUUGGAAAUAAACAGUAUAUGAUUUUAUGUACAGUACACACACACACAUACAGGUAGUGAACAAAAAGUGGAAAGGCCAAUGUUGUCAGCUUGAGAUGUCUUGCUUGUGUUGUGUUUCUGUCUUCCUGUCUGUCAGUGUGGGUGUGUCUGUUUUUGUU